AUGACGAGCACAAGAAAUGGUAAUAACAACCAUGAAAAUAGCUUGCCUCAUUUCAAUUUAUCGCUUCCGUUAGAACCUUUUCAAUUGAAAAUGAAUAAGCCAUCUCCACAGCCAGCCAAAGAAUUUUUCUAUCAACGAAGUUCCAUUCAUGAAUUAUUCGUCGACAACAAUCUAACUCCGAGCAAACCAAAAGAGGUUCCCAACACCAACAACAACAAUACUUCCAACACGAACAACAACAAUACAUCAACAACUCCAUCAUCCAUUCCUAUCAUUACUCUUUCCAUUUCAAAUCCCGAACCAUUGCCUCCAACAGCAUCAACAACGGGUGGUGCCUCUCGAAGACAUUCCCUUGUUUCUUGCCGAUCGCCGAGUUGUGCAUCAUUGGGAGAUCCGGAAGAUAGUGAUCUCGCCCUUCCCACUGAGCCCAUAAAGAUUGUUCCUUACUCUCCUCGUUUGCCCUCGCCUAUCAUUAAUAAGGGACUCUUUGGUGGGGAUGGUGUCAACUUCUCACCAAGACCAAAGCAGAAACGGCCAAAAUCUUCACCUCGAAAGAAAGCAAACAAUGGUAGUAGUCCCUCCAAAACACAGAAUUUCUCUCAAACCUUAAUUUCACCGAAAAACAGCUUUUAUCAAACAAAACCAUCGUGCUAUGUCUACACAUUGAAUAAUGAACAGGAGGAUGAUCGUGAAGAAUUGCAAGUGAUGACUCCUCGAAAAGUCGUGGAUAUUUAUAGCAAUUUGACCAGAAAGUGGAAUUCCCUCAAACAUGACCCGAGUUUUGACCUUUCCCUCUCUCAACACAAAAACCGAAUCACGGCAGAUAAAAAUGCAACUCUUCAGAUGCGUAGAGAAUUGUGUGACAUGAACUCGACUCUUGAUUAUUGCUACUUUGAAAUGUCCUCAUUCACCUUACCCGAAAAUAUUGACCCUAAAAAGAUGAAUAUUGAUAAGGCUGCGUUUGAGCGAUCUCCUAUGAGUGAACAUGAGCAGGAGCUUCACAUGAAACGACAGCGAGAAAAGUUUUUGAGGGACACUAGAUCUAAAACUCUAGCAAAUGAAUAUGCACAUGAUAUGGACUUUAAAACACUGUCCUUAAUAUGUGACCUCAAAAAGAAGAGUGUAGAAGAAAAUGCACAUCACCAUGUUGAAGAUUCCUUGUUGUCUUCCCUGAGAAAGGGUCAAAAUUUGGUGCAAUCUCCACGCAUUGCUCCACUGAGUCCAAUUAUGACUCCAAAGCGAACAGCAACACCACCAACCUCGAAUACAAGCCACCAAGAACCAACGUGUGACAAAACCAGUACUACUGGAUGCCAAACCUCAACUCCUAAAAGACCUCACACCACAAACACUCCUCGAAAUCCUCGUAAAUACAUCGUUUCAGCAGAAAAAUCCUCUGAGAUGAGCUCCUCUCAUUUAAACAGUCCUCAAUCGAGUCCUCACCGUCCAUUGGCAACAACCAAAUCUGGAAAAUUGCCACAACAACCCUUACCUCCUCUCCACACUCUUCAAUCACCACGUGUGUCAAAACCAAUGUUUUCCUCACGGUCUUACUUUUCCUGUUCCUCUUCUUCUAAAAAAGCAUGA